AGAGGGAGGUGGCGUCCGCCAUUUUCGCUCCAGUUUACCACGCCCGUGGAUCUAGCGGAAAGCAGUAGCAAGACUUCUCUGUCUCUGUUCCUCUGCUCGUUUUCGGAAACUAGCUGCGAACGUUUGAGGGAGGCGAGUGAUUAACGUGCCGGCAAUCGGGCGAUUUUAUGUCUGCGUUUAUUGCGAGGGGGAGAGACAACAAAACAGAGAAGUGAAAGGGUUGCUGCAGGAUAUUGUUGCAUCCCUUCACAGGGCGCGAGGACAACAUCCAAAGGGAUAUCGGAGACCCUCCCCUGGCCAGCUUUGGAUUGCACGAGAAUCACCGUCAGACCUUCCCUCUCUCGACUUGUGUUUUUUUUUGAAAAGGAAACAGAAAUUCACCGUCUUUCUUCACCAUUGCACCCCCGACAGCUUUUUUUAAAACUCCCAGUGAAUUCUCCAUGUUUAGUCAGACCGUAGAAUAUUGAGAAGGACACCCACCACCCCGUCACCCACCCACUCCCAAUCCACUCCUUCCUCCCGCCACCUCCAAGCACACACACCAGUCGGCUACAUGACUCUCGACUCCAUCAUGGCGUGUUGCCUGAGCGAAGAGGCGAAAGAAGCCAAAAGGAUCAACGCGGAGAUCGAGAGGCAGCUCCGGAGAGACAAGCGGGAUGCACGGCGAGAACUCAAGUUACUGCUGCUCGGCACAGGAGAAAGUGGCAAGAGCACAUUCAUCAAACAAAUGCGAAUCAUUCAUGGUACAGGGUACUCUGAUGAGGACAAACGAGGCUUCACAAAACUGGUUUAUCAGAAUAUCUUCACUGCCAUGCAGGCUAUGAUCAGAGCAAUGGAUACACUCAAAAUACAGUACAAAUAUGAGUACAAUAAGGCAAAUGCGCAGUUAAUUCGUGAGAUUGAUGUGGAAAAAGUGACAACAUUUGAUAACCCCUAUGUGGAAGCAAUAAAAUGUCUAUGGAUUGACCCAGGCAUCCAAGAGUCCUAUGACAGACGGAGAGAGUACCAACUGUCUGAUUCAACUAAAUACUACCUUAGUGAUACUGAUCGUAUUGCAGCACCAGAUUAUCUGCCAACUCAACAGGAUGUGCUGCGGGUUCGAGUGCCCACAACUGGCAUCAUUGAGUAUCCAUUUGAUCUGGAGAAUAUAAUCUUCAGAAUGGUCGAUGUUGGGGGUCAGCGGUCAGAACGAAGGAAAUGGAUUCACUGCUUUGAAAAUGUGACAUCUAUUAUGUUUUUAGUUGCCCUUAGUGAAUACGAUCAAGUUCUUGUAGAAUCAGAUAAUGAGAAUCGAAUGGAAGAGAGCAAAGCACUAUUUAGAACAAUUAUCACAUAUCCCUGGUUUCAGAACUCCUCAGUCAUCCUGUUCUUAAACAAGAAAGAUCUCUUGGAAGAAAAGAUCAUGUAUUCUCACUUAGUUGAUUAUUUCCCAGAGUAUGAUGGACCACAGCGAGAUGCACAAGCAGCGAGGGAGUUUAUUUUGAAGAUGUUUGUGGACCUGAAUCCUGAUAGUGACAAAAUUAUCUACUCUCACUUCACGUGUGCUACAGAUACAGAGAAUAUACGGUUUGUCUUUGCUGCUGUCAAGGACACUAUCCUACAAUUAAACCUAAAGGAAUAUAACCUGGUCUAGUUUACUAACUGACUUGGUGGAAACAAAACAAGAGCAACUGUAUUAUCUGUGAAAAUAAUUUGCAUAAUGCUAAUUUAUUGCCAUUCUGGACUCUGUGCGCUUCCACAGAGAUUUAGUAAAUAUUAUGAUUUUAUUUAACAAAAAUGGGGCAAAAGAUGCUGACACACCUUCGCAGCACUCGUCCACUUUUUAGGCAAAACUUUGUGACUUUGUGUAAAAUUUUCACUUUUCACUUGUAAAUUCUGAUUUCAGCACUCUGAAGGUAGGGUUUUUUGCUUCUUCAAGCACGCCCCUUCCUUUCCUUUUCCCCAAAGGAAUACUUGAGGUACAAUGUCCCUUUUUUGUCAUCUGUUCCUCUUAAAGCUCAAUGGUACACAGUAAAAAUUGUAAUGUUUUUGGCAGAUACCAAGCUACCAAUGGAAUAAUUAUCGUACUUCUUUCCUGAUAGAUGAAAAGUAUCGGUACUGUGAUUUUUAAAUUAUUGAUAUGUAUAAUUUAAUCAUCAAUUUUCAAACUAAGCAAUUUGUCUUCAUCUUAAGCUAUAAAUAUGGGAGCUCAUAAAGCAAUAGGUGAUUGCUCAUCUGUAAAUGUUGCCACACUUGGAUUCCCAAAAACAUGGAUAGAUGUAGGUAAGAGUACAAUAUUGAGAAUGUUGUGUACUUGUAAAACAGUAUAUGGGGUUGAAUUUCUAUUUAUUAUGUGCCAUUCUAUUGCUAUUUACUAGACUUGUUUUACUGAAAGUUGCCAAACAAAAUGUUAUCUACACUACAUUUGCUGAUUGUUUUGGAAUCUCUGCUUGGGUCUUUCUCCUUAGAACUGUAGAUGGAGACAUCAUUGACGUACUUAAUUUGCACCAGGGUAGUCUUUAAAUGUUACUUCUUUGGCUUUAAGUGAAGAAGUUUUAAUAUUGCCACUCAUGGCAUUUUCAAUGUUUUUGAAGUUUUAAUGGAUAAAAAUUGCUUUACUCAAAAUGCUUAAAAUCAUGUGGCUCAUACCACAAUAGUGACUGCACUUGAGCAGAAGAUGAAUGGUAAGCAAAUAACAUUGCAGUAUCAACUCCUGGGUUUUUCUAAAAGCCGUUUCUUGGACACAUGCCAAAACAAGUGAAGAAAAUAAAAUGGUGCUCUUCCACAUUAUGUAAUAUUUGCCAUUAACUGUAUUAUUCUUUGACAUAGGCAGAUCAGUGUCCAUGACCAAUUUUGUAUCCUAACUUUUUUACACAUAUGUUGAAAGGUACUGUGAUUAUGUUUUGAUUAAAUCCUGCCAGAUCCCUCAUUUUAAACCAGAAUGGUUUUCCUAUUCCAUAAUGUCCUAGUAAAUAAACCUGUGUCAUUAUUUUCAUUCCUUUCAAAAUCUGUUUCUAGGCUUUGGUGACUUUGUUUAAAGAGCAGAUAUUUGAACAGACAUGACUGUGUUCCUUUAACUUGCUAGUUUUCAGGAUUUUUUUGUUUUUUGAGCUGUUAACAUAGAUUAUCGAUGGUUCAGGUAGCUAAUUUAAAGUUAUCUGUACUGUCCAUUAUCAGAGAUGAUAUGUUUUUGUGCAUGGUUUCCUGCUUCAAAAGAGUAACUUUUGUUUCUAUGGAGCACCAAAGUUAAUGGUCAGUGAUUUGUCUCCCUCCAUUCCUGCACCUCCAUCAAACAUACAUUUGUGCUUUCAUAGACAAAGCUCUUAUAAUUUGUAAAACUUGGCUGUAGGCAUAGUGUAAUUAUAAUCUUGUAAUAAUUGUGUGUGAAUACGUAUAUAUAUUAUAUAUAUGUGCACACAUGCGCUCACAUCCAUAUUGGCUUUGUGAUAAUUUUGGCAGAUUGAAUGUGCUGUAUUGAUAAUAUAUAUCUAUGUAAUUGUAUUGUAAGUCUUAUAGCUAAUUUGCAUUUUGAAUAAUGUUAUUUACUUUUUUUUACGAGAAGCGAAUGUAAAUUUUUGCCAGUUUUUUCUCAAUUAGGGUUUAAAAUAUUUUCUUUUUGUAAGUCAAGAUAAUUAUCAUAGUGUAGUAGUCUGAUUAAUAUACAUCACAUGGGUUUCUGAUCAAAGAAUUCCUUCUGAUAAAAUUUAAAUCUGUCCUUUCUCUCCCAGAAAGUAUGUGUACAAAGUUUAAUCAAUGACUCCGCCCAUGAAGCAAUCAAAAAAAUUGGCUUCAGGAUCUUGUCAUGUAUAAAAGAAACCAACUUGCCAUAAUUCCUUAAAUUAAGAAAGUGUUUUAGAUCAAAGUUUGUAUUUUGGGGAAUACCAUAUCUAAAUUCUUGUAGCUGUAGUGUCUCUGAUGGAGUUGCUCGUAGUUUACAUUAUACAGAAGGUCUGUAUUACCAGUAGAUACAUUUUAAAUUUGUGUUUUAUGCCUUAUGGCAGUGGAGUCAAGAACUUUGUGCCUCAGAAUUGAAGCCUAAGACAAGAGAGAGCCUCUAAAACGUGUGUGCUGUGUUGGGUGUCAGAAUUGAAAGUUAGAUGUUGGCUUUUACUUUAUCAGUAAUGCACUGGAGGGACCAAUGCAAUGUCAUUAAUUCCUGUGAACAAAGAAAGACAUUAUACUGUCAAAUGAAGUAAAGCCAAGUCCAGCAGGUACUUGCUAUUUACCAAUUCAUGUCACUAAGUGCAAACAAAUAAAUGAAGUUAGGCAUGCUGUAUGUAAAGGUGUAAGGAUGACCAGUGGCUUGGUCGAUUCUUGUAACAUCUACAUUUUUGUAAUUGAAUACAAUGUACAUUAAGUAUGUUAAUUUGGCCUACAAAAGCCCUGCCUUCAUUUACUUUUUAAACUGCUCAAUCAAUUAGUCUUCAAGGAUUUUAGCUCAUCGGCGCUUUCAGCAGAGAAACUAAAAGUUGUUAAGAAAUUAAAUACUUAAAUUGAAAAUUGUGAAUGGCAUUAUGGCUGCCAGAUCAAUUCUGCUCCUAAUAAUAUAGAAUUGAAGACAUCUAAAUCACAGUAAAGUGAAACAGUAUGUGCCAUGGGCAAUUUCUUGUAGUGCCACAUUCUUUUAAAUGUUCUGGUAGGACUUGUAUAUUUAAUUCCUGUUAAUUUUAACAUGCAAUAUUGUAAAAAAAAACAUAUUUGCUGUUUUUAAAUUGCCACUUAAAUGCAUGUAUUGUCAUUGUUUGGGGAAGGGAAAUAGUUUUUGGAAAAGACUAAUGUUGUACAUUAAUGCCCCAAAUGAUCUUGCUGGUUACAAAUAUAGUAUUUUUUGGCCAUAAUUUUGUACUGGUUUCAUUUGAUGUCUCCUGGUUGUAUUUUUCUUCUCAACUGCUUUUCAUGAUACUGUACUUGGAGUAAAAUUUUAUUCCACUGAUUUUGUCUUCACAUUAUAAAAAUAUUAUCCAGUAUUUUUUCAGCACGUGAAAUUAAUAAUUGUCCUUCAGACUCUCAUGGGAAAAAAACUGAUCAAUGUAGUAGCACAAAAAAGAUUUGUCCCUUGUCAUGGAUUGUAUGUUCAAUAAAAUGAAUAUUUGAAUUUU